GUGGCAUAACAAUGCGUCGGCGCAUGCAAGCGGGUCGCGCGCCGCGCUACCGUUCCACGUUUUCAAAACAAAACAGCCGUUCGAUUGUUCCAAUUUGAAAAAUCCACCACAAAACGAUCAAACACAUCGCAGUAUUCACAAACAACUAGCAACAAGUGAAACGCAGAGUGUGCUGUGCUCGCGUUGUCGUCUCCUGGCGCUGGUUCGCGUAACACGAUACCUACGAUAUUCUCCUUCGUCCUCUUGAACUGAAAAUGUGGUGGGUGCAGUGCUGCGGUUGACAUGUGUUGUACUAGUUGACACAGCUGUGGAUUGUGCUACCAUGAUGAUAUUCCUACAAUUAACAUGUCUUCUAAUAAUAGCUUCAUCGUCAUCAGCGCUACAGUUUCCACCGAAUCCGACGUCAGAUAUGUCUGCAGAUGAAAAACUGCAGAAGGCAAAUAAAACGCUAGAUCAAUCGGAUGAAAGCGGACAUGAGGUAGAAACAGAUGUUGAUGAAGUUAAGGAAAAGAAAUUUCUAGAUGAUGCUAUGAGAACAGUACUAGAUCCUAAUACAUUAAUUGUUAAGACAAAUGAUAUAGUAGAAACGUUUAAAUAUCAAUUAGAUGAAUUAGAUAAAGUUAACGCAAGCCUCGACGUGUUUAUGGAAGAGAUGGAUAAACUAAGUUUGGAUGUUUGCAAAACAUCACAGGAGGCUCUUUGGUCUUAUGUUACUGAUAUAAACAACGAAACAAAGAAGAAUAAAAUGGUUAGAAUUGCUGCCGAAGAAGACGAAAUAAAGAAACAGUAUUGGAAUAUACUAAAAAAGAAAUAUUUGAACGAUGAACAAGUAAUGAAUGACCCAAAGAUGAAACGGAAAAUCAGGAUUAUCAAGGAACGAGGAACGAAUGUGCAGAUGCCGCAGAGUAAACAAAGAGAAGAAAUAGACACGAUGCAGAGAAUUUGGAGUCGCGUCACAGUGUGCGCCUACAAUAUAAGUUGCGGCUCGGAAGACUCGGUACGAACGAUGAGUGACGUAAUAUCGAUAUUUAAAACUAGCAACGAUACAAAAGAAUUGUCUUAUUAUUGGAAGGUUUAUCGCGAUACAACUGGAAAGAAAAUACGUCCAAUAUUCAAAGACUAUGUUGUAAGAAUGAAUAGAGUUGCAGAAUCAGAAAAUUUCACUGAUGCUGGAGAUAUGUGGAGAUACGCAUUUGAAGACGAUAAUUUUGUUAAUACUGUGAAUAGAAUCUGGCAAGAGAUUAAGCCCUUUUAUGACUUACUACACAAUUAUGUCAGAGGCAAACUGAAGUUUAUAUAUAAAGAGGUUUUGAGGAGUAACGACAAAUUGAUUCCAGCUCAUAUUUUGGGUAACUUAUGGGCUCAAGAGUGGCAGGCAAUAUAUCCAAAGGUAGCAGCAUACACUGAUUACAUAAGGCCUAAGCUUCCCGCAAACGAGACGAUACACUCCAAAGACCUGUUCGAUGCUGUAGACGAGUUCCAUCAAUCUCUUGGAUUUGAAAGUGCUAAGGAUUCCUAUCAGGAUAUCAAAGAGACAAUGACUACUGCCAAUUGCUUGCCAUCCAGUCAUGAUAUGUGUGAUGGUGUGAAUUACAAAAUCAAAUGGUGCGGUGAAAAAGUGACAGAUGUAGUGGUGGGUCUGUCACGAGCUGCAAGACUACUCGGACAUGUUCAAUACUUCAAGCAUUAUAGAAACCUUCCUCCUUUGUAUAGGGAUGGGCCGAAUCCAGCGUUCCACGAUGCAAUCUCCGACAUAGUCGCCGUUCAGUUGACCUCGCCAGAACACUUGAAAACCCUGAACCUAGUGAAGGUCGAUACAGGUCCAGAAGUGACGCUGAACCACUUGCUCUGGGUAGCCUUGGAAAAGUUUCCAUUGAUGGCCUAUGCGUAUGUCCUGGAUAAAUGGCGGUGGGACGUCUUCGGGAACAGCAGUUUGGAUCAUUGGAACCAACAUUGGUGGGAUUUGAGAAUUAAGGAAACAGGGGUGUCACCUCCCGUACUGAGAAAUGAGUCCGAUCUUGACCCCGCAGCGAAGUAUCAUGUUGUUUCACAUGUACAAUACAUUACAUAUUUAGUUUCUCACGUAUUGGAGUUCCAGAUUCUUUUGUCACUUUGUAAGAAAGCGAAUCACACAGGACCUUUACACGAAUGUUCUAUAUAUGGCGUGAAGGAAGCAGGAAAACUUCUAAGUGACGGUAUGGCAUUGGGUGCGAGUGAGGACUGGAGGACAGUGCUACAAGCUAUGACUGGAGAAACAGAGUUAUCCACUGAGGGUAUUCUCCAGUACUUCGCAGACCUUCAGAAAUUCUUAAAAGAAGAAAAUAUAAAACUUGCAGCCCUAACCGAAGGAGAUAUGGACCAAAGUGCACCAAUCAUUGUUGGUGCUAUAGUAGUGUUAUUGACUAUCUUAAUUAUAGUACUUUAUUGUGUAAAGAAACAUGAUUUUGGUAGCAAAGUGUUCUCCGCUUGUGGUCUAAGUAAAAACGGAUCUUUGGACAUAGUGACGAACGAACUCCCACAAGGAAAGACCAAUGAGGUUGAUGGUAUAAGCGAAGAUAAGGUUUAAAACUCAAAGUAAUAUAGACCUAAAUGUGAUUUCAUUAACGUUUAUUUUCUAAGUGAAAGUAUAACACGUUCAAAAGGAUCAAUAGAGAUAAGGUAAACAAUUAUAUAGAUGUUAUCGUGCCAGUGAUUAUAACAAGUUACGAUUUGAUUACAUAAUAAGAUAAAAUUUAGAUUUAUAUUUAUGUAAAAGUUUUGGUUUACUGUUUUAGUAUUAAGUUUUAAUGCCUUGGGUAUGUUAAUUACGAAUAAACUUGA